AAUACUGUUAACAAGGAAGUCGAUGUUUUACAGGAAACAGCCGUAAGCUGCCUUUUGUUUUGUUUUGUCUUUGUUUUUCUGACCGAAUUUGUGGUCAUUUUCAUCACUAUAGUUAGCUGGGUUAGUUAACAGGCUAGUGUUUAUAUACUUUGCUUCUAUUAAGUUGUUUUUUCCUAUGACAGUUGGCGACAUUUGGCGUUGACUGUGAGCUAGCGUCAAACGCUAACAACAGAGCUAACAGGCCCGAAGGCCAUCGGUUCAUUGUCUGCUCGUCAGUCAGAUACUUAUCCUGUUUAUGUCAAGCAGCUAGUUUUAAGGUCAAACGUCGGUUGGAAACAUUAGAUACUUCCGUGAUCAAAGCGCCAGGACCGCUGUCACCCGUUCGUCGCCCAGGUAACGUUAGCUGUACCGGCUAACUUCUUACUUUGGACAAUCAGUUGGCUGACCUUACUAACGGAUCGUUUAGUGCCGUCACCUACUGUCAACAAAGGGACCACAGACAAUAGGGAGAGUGGGUGAUCAUGUAUGCCCCGCCGGGUUCUACUGUCCCUGGAGGUCGCAGGAGGAGAGGGGGCACCUCCCUGCCCAAGCAGCCGGAGCGGAGCCUGGUGUCGGCCCUGCCCGGAGCUCUGUCCAUCACUGCUCUGUGUACGGCUCUGGCCGAACCAGCCUGGCUCCGGGUUCAUGGAGGCACCUGUCCGAGACAAGAGCUGGGAGUGGCAGAUGUCCUGGGGUACAUUGACCCCAAGCUUCUGGACGAUUACUGUGUGAAUCCACAGACCAUCCUGCUGUUGAGGGUGAUCGCUGCCUUCUGUUUCCUGGGCAUCCUGUGCAGCCUGACUGCUUUCCUCCUGGAUGUGUUUGGCCCCAAGCACCCUGCACUUAAGAUCACUCGCAGAUAUGCAUUUGCACAUAUUCUCACAGUGUUGCAAUGUGCCACAGUCAUUGGCUUCUGCUACUGGGCCUCGGAGCUAAUCUUGUCACUGCAGCAGCAACACAAAAAGUACCACGGCUCUCUCAUAUACGUCACUUUCGCCAUCAGCUUCUACCUGGUGGCAGGGGCCGGUGGAGCCUCCAUCCUCGCCACAGCAGCAAAUCUCCUGCGCCACUACCCCACUGAGGAGGAGGAGCAGGCCUUAGAGCUGCUCUCGGAGAUGGAGGACAGCAGCGAAACUUUUCCUGCUGAUUAUGACAUUGCCAAUCAGUUUCAGCCACCGCCUGCCUACACGCCCUAAUGCAGCCAGACAGGCUUUGUUAACACACGCUUCUCUCUCUCUCAGCACGGCUAUUGGCUUGAUGAGCAAAACCCCAAUCUUUAUCAAAUGGAUAUCUUCGCAAAAUACAUAAUGAACACAGCGUGCGCUGUUAGUGCACAAACUCCUUUACUGACAGUGCUUGGGUGCAUGAAAGCUUUCUUUAGUGGUGCCAGGAAUUUAGGAGAUGGUUCAUUCUUUCACCACUGAAGUUGUUAGUGAUUUGCAUGUAAAUGGCUUUUAGGAUUUGGUUCUAACAUGUGAAGCAAACAAAACUGCAAGGAGUUCUACAAGUGGCUCAUCACAAGUCAUUGGUGACAGCCACGGCCUGAUCAGUGCCAAUUAUUGAAGCUGGGCUGUCGGCAGAUUGUCAGCAGUUGCAUUGCUCUUGGUUGGACGUGGAUCAAGCUUUGUUAAGCAUCAUUUUGAUGUCAUUUUUGAUAAGCUUGCCAUGUGUAUGAUUUUAUUUGACCGAAAAAAAAAUGCAUUUAUCAAGAAUGCAAGAAUACACUGAGAAGUUUGUUUUAGACCUUUCUUUUAUAUAAAAAUAUCAGAUGGACCUUAUUAUUUAUUAUUUAGCUGUCUGUGCCGUGUCUUACUUUCUUUCCUUUGUAGACAUCUGUCACUGGUUUAGUCUUAUUUAAUCACAUUUGUACAUGAAAUAACUCAAGGAAAUUGAAAAAAAUGUGAGGCCGGUCUUUGUGAGUUUUUUCGAUCUCGGCGUGUGUUGUGUGUUGACAGCUGGAUGCCACGGAGAAAUUGAGAAACAUUUCCGUAUGUUUCACAAUAACUGACACUUAACGUAACAGGGAGUCCGCCGCAGAAGCCGGUCAUGUCACGUUUCUUGUAUUUGAUUUAAAAAAAAAAAAAAGAAACCUUAUUUGUACUUUGUGAUCACCAUACGUGACAGUUUGAGUAUGUGUUUUCUAUGCAUGAGUUCUUUUGUGUGCAAAUUUUAAACCUUCAGGCAGAAGCUUACGACGAGGACAGGUCACACGAGGUUCCAGCCGAGGUUUAAAAUUGUGAUUGAUGUGGUGACUCUAGUUGAUUGUGUAUUCUUCUGUUUAUUCCGUUUUCUGCAUUUCGUUUCUCAGAUUGUUGCGAUACUUUCAUCACCAGUAUGUAAAUAUUGAUUGUUUAUACAUAAAAAAAGUGGUAAGAAUAAAAUAAAUGCCAUAUUUUGCCUCCUGA